AUGGCAUUCUCCUACAAUGUCGAUACCGUAGGUUCGUUUCCCCAGGAGCAAAUCCUCGGCAUUGGGAGAACCGGCUUGGUCGUCCGUCGACAGCAAACUGCCAUCAAGCUACCUCUCAGAUGGAGCACAAGCAGCGACGAUGAAGUUGAAGCGAAUAUUGAGUUCCUUCAACACGAGCAAUCCAUAUAUAGGCGACUAGGAAAAUGCGACCAUGUUGUUCCUGCCCUAAGUUUCUCCGACAUAGCCACCGCACUUCUUCUAAUGGAAAAUGGCAAUGGUGCGUUGCGUCAUGGCUCAGACCGAUGGCCCAGCUACUGCCAUACAACUACCCUGGCAGUAACUGUCAUUGGAAUUGCAGUUUACGCUUGGAGUCGGAGGCAUAAUCAAGUGACUGGAUUCAAUUCUGACACACCUUCUAAACUCUGGAUACUCGGGCAAUAA